CUGUUGGGAACGCCCCCUUUCGUCCCUCAGCAGAGUCGCCGUGUCCAUGGUAGAAAAUGGCAGCAACGACAAUCUCUGUAGAACAGGAUCAGUUCAGCUGUUCUGUGUGUCUGGAGGUCCUGAGAGACCCGGUGACGAUCCCCUGCGGACACAGCUACUGCCUGAACUGCAUUGAAGACUACUGGAACAGAACCAAGCAGAAGGGCCAGUACAGCUGCCCUCAAUGCAGGCAGUUGUUCAGCCCGAAACCUCAGCUCAACAGGAACACUGUACUGGGCGAACUGGUGGAGAAACUAGUGAAGAGUGGACUUCAAGAGCCACCGGGUCCUCCAGUUUCUACGGAAGAGGUGAAAUGUGGAGUUUGUACUGGCAAGAAAAGCAAGGCAGUGACGUCAUGCGUCACGUGCUCGGAGUCUUACUGUGCGGCUCACCUGAGGGCUCACGACGAACGCUUCCGGGGGCGUGGCCACAGCCUGGUUCCAGCCGCUUUGGGACAAACGACAACUAAACGUUCUGAAGAGAAGUUAUGUCCUUAUCACCAUAAAGUAGUGAGGAGCUACUGCCGAGUGGACCAUGAGGGCGCAUGCUCACGGUGUGUGAAAAGUAAACACAAGGGUCAUGAGGUCGUGCAACUGGUGGACGAGCGUACAGAACAACAGAGAAAACUCCAAGAAGCAUCUUUGAAGUGCGAGCAGAACCUAAAGGACGUGGAGAAGGAGCUACGAUAUGUGGUCAGAUACAUUAAACAGCACACCACUGAGGCGGCGGUGGAGGAAAGCGAGAGGAUCUUCACCAAGCUUAUCCGCGUCAUUGAGAAGCAUAGGAGCGACGUGAAGGACAUGAUCCGAGGCCGAGAGCGGGUGGCCCUCAAUCAGACCAACCAGCUUCUGGAGAAGGUGGAGCGGGAUACGACAGAGUUGAGGAGGGGCGAGGAGGAGCUGGAGAAUCUCUCUCGCAUGGACGACCAUCUCCAAUUCCUUCAGAAGUGCAGAUCCCUUCAUUUCCCAUCCAAGAGGGUGCAGAUUCCCAACACUGACACAUUUCCAUACUUGAUGUAUAAAAGCAUCAGAGGUGGCCUGGCAGAGCUGAGGAACAGUCUGGAUGAAAGCCUCCAGAUGGAGUACAACAGAAUCUCAGAUAAAGUGUUUUCGCUAAAGGAAACCAGAAAUCCAAGUCCCUUGGAAAAGACCAAAGUAACUGUAGAUUCUCACAUACCGUAUGACUCAGAACCAAGGACCAGAGAAGAAUUUUUACACUACAACCAAGAUUUAACACUGGACCUCAACACGGCCAACCCAUACCUGAGCUUGUCCGAGGACCACAGAGCGGUGACCACGCGCUCCGAGCCCCAGCCGUACCCUCCGCACCCUGACCGCUUCACCAGCUGGGCUCAGGUACUGUGUCGGGCCGGUAUGGCAGGCCGCUGCUACUGGGAGGUGGAGUGGACUGGUAAGGGCGGGGCUUCUGUGGGCAUUUGCUACAGGAGCAUGAGCAGGAGCGGUGGCGGCAGCGACAGCAAACUGGGCCACAAUUCCAAAUCCUGGAGCCUGGACUGCUCGCACGGCGGGUGCGUGUUUCGGCACGCUAAGCAUGGCGUCAGCUUGGCCACACCAUGCGGCAACAGGAUAGGAGUGUAUCUGAACUUUAGGGGUGGGGUUUUGUCCUUCUACAACGUGUCUGAUGGCAUGGUUCACCUUCACAGUGUACAGACUACGUUCAGCCAGCCUGUGUAUCCAGGAUUUUGGGUUGGAUUAGGUUCUACUUUGAAGUUGUGCUCCCUGUAAAGACUUCGGCCACAGUAUUAGUGACACUUGCACAGUCACAAGAUGCCUCGAGGUGCUUGUCUCCGACUUGACCCCAGACUGUGCAGGUGUGCCUAAUAUUGUGGCCAGUGCUAAUAUAAAGAGGCCAAAUAAGGCACAAGUUGCUCAGGGAUUUUUUACAUUUUAAUUUCAUGUACCAUCGAGCAGCAUUUUGUUCAGAUCUUAUUGAAGGCAGCAACGUCGACACUUUGGACCUGUAAGAGUGAGCAAAACUCAUGUUUGCUAGAUUUUACACUUCAAAUAAAGAUUUUUGCACUAAAAA